UGAGGCCCAUUGCGGAAGUGAAGUGGGUUCAGAAAUCAACACACAGCGGCGGCUAUGAAAACGAUCGAUUCGCGUGCGGCGGUGGCGCUGGGAUUUCCUGCUGAUUUUUCUGGCUACAGAAGCUAAUACAGAAGCCGAUCGUGCUCUAAAGGCCUACUGUGUUAGAUCAGAUGGUUUAGUAAGCUGUGAUUUUUGUAGCUAGGUGGUUUGGAUUUAGAGGAUAAGGAAAAGUGCCAGGGGAGGGGCCUGGGCUUAGGGUUGACUUUUUAGCUGCCGUCCCUUGUCCGGUCGAUCAGCGGUAACGGUGCAUGGUGCAGCGGGCAGGCGGCUCACGCCAUGGGUGGUGAACUGUACAGGGCGAAGUUCGACUACGUGAAGGAGAUAGAGACGGACAGGCCUGACGUCCUGAGUUUCCGUCAGGGGGACAGGUUCAUCGUCACCCAGAAAAAUGACGACAAGUGGUGGACAGCCGUGGCUGCUAAGGACAAGUUGGUGGGGUACGUCCCCGCGGCUUACUUGGAGAGGGACAUUGGAAAACUGAUCCCAGAGAACAGCAAUAAGGAAAGGGCCAGACACAGAUCAAUGGAGGAGUUAUCCAGAAUAGAUUCUCACAGAAUACCCAAAGUCGGUGGAUCGCCUGCUCUCUCCAGGUCGCCGGGCUCACCAGGUUACAUGACCCCAGAUGAAGACUAUGACCAUGAGCCCAGGUGUGAACAGGAGGAGUAUGAGGAGGAGGAACACAGACUAAUUGCUCCCAAGAAGCUGCCCAACCCUGUCAAGGACUCCAAGAAUCACCAGCAGCUCCAUCGAGAACUGACACAAAACAAAAGACUGGGCAUCAACCCUCUCCACAAGAAGCCUGAGCUGCAGAAGAAAUGGGAGGAGAGGAACAGAACCAAGGACAGCGAGAAAUUCAGGGAACAGCAGGAGACAAACAUCACCUUACAACAGGAGUUUCUUAUGGAAACCCAGAAACGGAGAGAGCGACAAGAAGCCCAAUCGAAGGAGGAAAGUAAAGAAGACAAGCCAGAAUUUAUGAGAGUGUCCCUUAAGUCAACAGGAAGGCCGGUUACACCUGAGCACUCCUAAUGUAGGGUCAGUAGAGGACCAUGUACAGCACUUGAACCUUAAGGCAAUAUAAUCUUAUUUUUUCUGCAUCAUGCCUCUCCAAAACUGCAGGGUGGAGUGGAUAGAUGCACUCUGAUUUACUGUAGCCACUGACAAACAGAUGGGAGGUCACAUCAAUCUCAUUUUGUUAUCCACAAUAUUCUUUUCAAAUAUCAGAUGAAUUUUUGAGAUAAUGAGCCAAAUUAAGCUGUUUCGAACUUUGGAGGAGUCACUAUAAGUUAUAACUGACCUAAGUAAAAGGCAUUCCCUAUCAGCUGUUAUUGUCAAAAGCUUGAUGAUGCAUUCCACACAUCUUUGAAUUGUAAUUUUAGUUUAUGUAAAUGGCUAAUAAACAUUCAUGAUGCAUGCAUGUCAAAGUGCCAUGGAAGCAUGACUGUAAGGAGGAAACCACAACUUUGAUUUUCCCAGCUAUUUGAUGAGAAAUUGAUGUUGAUGUGGCUGCUGAAAUAUUGAGCAAGAAGCUGAGGAGGACAUCAACAUUUAGAGUUUGAUAAAAGUGAUCAGAGAGGACAAUGCUUGCAACAAAGUGGAGAGUGAUGCACCAUUUAGAGAAAAUGGUUUACUUACCCAAGCUUUUUUAGCCGACACCCUUACCUGAAAAGUAGUGUGUAUGACACAAAAAUACGGACACCUUCUGCCAUGAAUUGAAUAGUAUUCUCCACUUAUCAUGGUGUCUUUAUCAGGGACUUAGAGGUGGGCAUAUGUUGGCCAUAUCUAGGAACAUCAGAAAGAGCAACAAGUAGACAGGGUUGCCAUUAUCUCUACUUGUUCCAUGACUCUCUGAACAAACCAAAUGAUCUUUCAGGGGUACUUUAAUCAUAUCCACAGUAAAUAAACUGGCCUUCUGUUCCAUUACAAAGCCUGAAAGGCCAAUAUAAACUGACAAGCUAGCCCAGUGGCUGUCUACUGAUUGCUUUGUAAUGUAUCAUAAUUUUGUUUGUUAGCAGGAACCAUUUUCUGCCAGUAUGUUUGCAAUGUUAGUGAUAAGGCAUGUAAGCAGUGACAGGUGUUCUAGGUAUGUUGUUAGUUAUUCUUAUUGAGCAGAGAAAACAGCAUUUGUUUAAUUUGUAGUAAUUGUACUGUUUUAUGAGUACAGUAUACCCAAUUUCUCAUAAGACUUAUGUCUAUUCUAAGCCAAGAAUUUAUGAUCUAUACUACUUCUUUGAUUUCUUUGUUUGUAAUCAGUUAUACAAUGUUUGCUAUAAUUUUGGUUCAUGAUCAUGUAUCUUUAUUGUAAUUGUCGGUUCUUGUUUAGCACCGUGUGGAAGCAUUGUAAGUACCGGUAGUGUGAUAUGAAUUAUUCCAUGGACUGUCCAGUAUGUCACCAGCGGUGUGACCAAGUAUGCUUCUCGUUGAUGAAUGUUUUAUUUCUGUAUUUUGAAAUUUGCUUUAGAUAAGUGUUGAUCAUCAUUUAACCACUUAUGUUUGGGUGUCCUUCAUUCAGAUUAAAUAUGUUAUGUCAUUCAGAAAAAGUUAAAGAUUUUAUGGGGCAUGGGAUGAUAUAGAUAUAAGUUAAUUUGUAAGCUUUCUACAGGUUGUAGUUUUGCAAAAUCACUGAUAUUCUUUUGUGAAUAGUAACUUCUGUUGCUGGAGAAUAUGGCCAUUUGCUAAUUUAGCCAUGUGCAAUUAUUUUGUAGACUACAUAUGUAUGUUAGGCAAUACACAAGACUUGUGGAAAAUCAUUUAUAUGUAUCUCCUUGGUGAUUAUUUCAGGUGUUGUUCUGUCUCUGUCUUACACACUUCAGUUUCUAGUUUUAUGUCGAUACUGUUUCUUCCUGGUUUGAUAUUACAAUUCAUUCCUCUUGUAGGUAAUAUAAUGUUUUGUAAUUUCUGUUGUAGUAACAUUACACUGUAUGGUGUGGAGUUGGGUGCUUUGUAUAAAGCUAGAGUGGCAAACCAAGAAAAAGUCAGAUAAUUCAUGUAUUUGUAUUUCCUAUUAGCGCUGCUUGUUUGUAAUCACAUGCCAUAUGCCUCAAGACUAGGAUAUGAAUCACAUCAAUUUUUAUGUCACUUCAGGGUGGAAACUGGCCACAGUAACAGAUAUAUCAGCGUGUAUAAUAUCGAUAAAUAUCCUAUGUUGGACAACAUUUUUCUUCAGCAUCUUAAGUUCAUUGAUAGAAUACCUGAAGUGAUGACGGUGAUGGGAAAAUGGUAGAAUACCUGAGAUUCAAUCAGUUGUAUCUUGGUACAAAUAUGCAUGGAAUUAAAGAGAGGAAAACUAAGAAUAUCAAAAACUGAUGUCCAUGACUUGGUCUUGGGGUUGACAACAAUGUCUGCAAAGUACAACAGAUGCUCAAAAAAUGUGCAUGAAGUUGCAGUUUGUGUGUGUUGUGAACUGCUGGGGUGGUGGCUGCAGUACCGCAGUGAGUCAAAAGAGGGCAGCAUUGCAGCGUGUCAAACAAAGUACAUGUAACGUUACAUGUAUUUGCCAUUUUAUUUUACCUUAUGAAGUUUUUUCUGCUCUUUGAUACUUGAAACCUAUGGAAUAAAGGUUUCUCUUCAUAUCUCA